AUGUGCAUUUCAUUUUGUUUCAGGAAUGCUACAGAAAAAGCCAGUGGUUGGCCUCUCAUGGCAACCACAGUUGCCUAUACCAUCUCUGUCAAAGGCAACAGGUGAUCCAUCUCAAACAAACACACCAAGUACCACUAUUUGGAUAGUUUCUCUCAUGGCUUUGGAUGCUAUUGAUCCAAAGCGGCACUACAAGAAGAGUGGUUCAAAAUCAAAGGCUCUUCCAAACUACUUUCAGGCAAGUGGGAACAAUGGUAGGAAAGAAUCAAUUGCAGAUGAGUUGCUUUCUGAUCAAAACCUUUCAGCUUACAGGUAA